UGCUUCUUCUUCCUAGCUUUGCUUCUGGCGAUGGAGCUUGCGAAGUUCCUUCUGGUCUUUGGAGCCUGCUGCCUCGCCGCUGUGAUCCAGCUCUUGCCAGGAGCGCAGGCCGCCCAAGUAGUUUGCACUGCAAACCCGAACCGCUGGUGCUUCGAUCUCGUCCUUCCCUGUCCCAGGAGGUGUCCCAAUCAAUGCAGCGUCAAUUGCAACGCUUGCUCCACUAGCUGCGAUGUCCGGAGGUGUAACAGGCCAGGAUCGGUCUGCCAGGACCCCCGCUUCGUCGGUGGCGAUGGAAGCGUCUUCUACUUCCACGGCAAGAGGGACCAGGACUUCUGCAUUGUCUCCGACGCCAAUCUCCACGUAAACGCCCACUUCAUCGGAAAGUCCAAGAGCGGCCCGGGCCUCAAGCGCGACUUUACGUGGGUGCAGUCGCUGGGAAUCCUGUUCGGAGACCACCAGCUCAAGCUCGGUGCCAAGAACGUUGCAACUUGGGACGACUCCGUCGAUCAACUCGAGCUCCAGCUCGAUGGCAGCGCGGUAACUCUCCCCUCUGGCGAAGGGGCCGUCUGGAGUGAGCCACUCGUCGGGCUACGAAUCGAAAGGCUCAACCUGUACAACGACAUCUCCGUCCAAGUUAGAGACAGCUUCACACUCAAGGCUAGAGUUGUACCUGUGACUCAAGCCGACUCCAAAGUUCACCACUACGGGAUCACCCCGGACAACUGCUUUGCACAUCUCGAUGUCAGCUUCGAGUUCCACAAGCUGUCCGGCAAUGUUGCUGGAGUUCUCGGGCAGACUUACGCGCCCGGUUACAAGAGCCGAGUGAACUCCAGCUUGCCAAUGCCGAUCAUGGGAGGCUACAAGGAGUAUCUCACGUCUGGCCUCCUGAAUGCCGACUGCCCUGUGUCGAGGUUCGGCGUGGCUGCAGUUGAAAGCUCGAAGUUUUCCUUCCCUGCAGUGACCUGUGGGACGGACAACAAAGGCUUCUCGUGCCGUCGCUAGAUCCGUGUUCCACGUUGUUACUGCUUGGACUGCUUCGGCUGUAUACACAUUCUAUUAGCUCCAAAAUAAAGCAAAGUGAAAUACAAGUACCUUUAGUCUUUGGAAA